AUGCCUGGAUCUAAUGGUGUUAUAAUUAUAGACCGCAAGGAACGACCACCCCUCGACGAAUCCUUGUACGAUCUCGAAAACGACCCCGAGGCCUUGGACUUCUUUAAAUCCCAAACUGGGAUCCAGGAUAAUGGAGAACUGAGGAAACACAUUCUGAACGUUCAAGGGAGGGCUUACGACGUGCACGGGUAUCCUUGCAUCCGCAAUUUCUCGUUCUUGAAACUAAAGAUAUCGAGAUUACCCGCAUAUCCGGCGGUAUUGGAUUUAUUGAAACAGAGACAAGAUCCUAUCUUAUUGGAUCUUGGGUGUUGCUUCGGAAACGACCUUCGUAAAGCCGUGGCAGACGGAUGGCCGGUUCAGGGUGCCAUUGGUAGUGACCUCCGACAAGAUUUCUGGGAGUCUGGUCAUGAACUCUUCCGAACUACACCCAACACCUUCCCAGCAAGGUUUCUAGAUGGAGACAUAUUCGAUCCUGGUUUCAUAAAUCCUCCUCCUCCCAUCCCCCUUACCUGCUCUCCCCCAGGCCCUCUCCCACGUCUCACAGACGUUGAAUCUCUAACACCUCUCCAAGGCCACAUAUCUGCCAUUCACACCUCUUCCUUCUUCCAUCUCUUCUCCGAGGAGUUGCAAUCUCAAGCCGCCCGUCUCGUUGGCUCCCUCCUCUCCCCUUUACAAAACUCCAUCAUCUUUGGAUGCCACGUUGGAAGAACCGACAAAGGGUUCAGAGAGGAAAGCAUGGAUGGGAGGCUUCAGAAAAUGUUCUGUCAUUCUCCGGAAUCAUGGAAAGAGGUAUGGGAUGGCGGAGUCUUCAAGAAGGGCACUGUGCAGGUUGAGGCCAGGUUGAGGCCGACAGAGGUACCCAUGCCUCAAGGAUUGGAGGUGUUGAUGAUGAUGGAUUGGUCUGUUGUACGUCUGUAA